AUGAAAACUUCUUCCUUCUUUGUCCUCGUAGCAUGUGCUGCAGCUAUGGCUUCUCCAAUAUCCAGUGUUGAUCAAGAGCCAAAUCUUGAAUCUCGAGCUGAUCGCGGUAGCUAUACUGUUUCCGGUCUAGGAGCUCGCAAACAAGCUAUCCUCGGAGCUGGAGGCAAUACCCUUGAUAUUGCUAUAGCGAUGCUUGAAACAGAGAGAAUGGAAACGAACUAUGCCUAUGGCGAUAACAAGUCGUAUGAUGCAGCCAACUUUGGUCUAUUCAAACAGAACUGGGGUAUGCUAAGGGUCUGUGGUCGACGUGGAGGAUUUAUCGGUCAAUCUGAGAGCCAAUGGAACAACGGCGCCAGACUUAACUGGGAUAUAUACGCCGAUGUUGCCGCUCGUUGGGAUUGCCAGGAAUACUAUGGAUAUGAUAAAUGGAUGGCAGGCCAUCGGAACGGAGCUACUGGAUUGAACAGCCCGUGGACUCAAGACAUUAAUAAUUAUAAAAGUGCCAUCCAGUGGAUUCAAUCUCAGAUUGAUAGCAAUUCCAAGUAUCGGUGGGAUGAUACUAGGUUUUGGGUCAAUGUCCCAGCUAUCUGA